GGAUCUGAGGCUUUUCUCCACAGAGGUACUGAAUUUGGCAUUGGCCAACAAGUCACCGAGACCAGCGCAUCUGCACCAUCUCCUGACAGCAUGGAAAAUAUAGGCAAAGCUGGGACAGCCAGGGAUGAAAAAGUUGUGAACUGCUUAUACCCAAAGCCUGAUGCAAUUUUUAGGCUGAUUUGCUUUCCCUGGGCAGGAGGUGGCUCCUUUUAUUUUGCCAAAUGGGGCGAAAAGAUGCCUGACUCAGUGGAAGUGCACUCCAUACGGCUUGCCGGGAGAGAAUGUCGAUCUGAAGAACCUUUUGCCACUGACAUCUACCAGAUAGUUGAGGAAACUGUUCGUGCUCUGCUGCCAAUCAUCCAGAAUAAGCCAUUUGCAUUUUUUGGCCACAGUAUGGGGUCCUAUAUUGCUUUUAUGACUGCACUGCACCUAAAAGAAAAAUAUAAGCUGGAACCGAUACAUUUAUUUGUGUCCAGUGUAAACGCUCCUCAUGCCAUGUUGGCUCACCAUCAAGAAGGGAAAGCGAUGUCAGACGAACAAAUUCACUCACUCCUUUUGAGAUUCGGAGGCACGCAGAUGGAUGUUCUUAAUGACAAGGACUUUUCUGAAUACUAUAUUCACAUUAUGAAGGCAGAUAUACACAUCAUCGCAAAUUACAUCUUCAAAGCACCAUCUGAGCCUGUUCUAUCUUGUGACUUAACAUGCUUUCUUGGAACUGAAGAUGUAGUAAAGGAUACGAAAGCCUGGAAGGAUGUAACCAGCGGAAGGCUUAAUACUCUCAUGCGUCCAGGAAAUCACUUCUAUAUCAAGGAGCCUGCCAAUGAGGCCUUCAUCAGGAACUACAUAACCAGGUGUCUGGAGCUGUCGCUGUUCUAG